AUGCACAAAGUGACCCCAGUCCUUGUCCGACUGAAUCGUUUGAACAUCCUCGUGUUUGGCUCGAUUCUGUUCCUGCCGGUGAGUGUGACGAGGCCUUGGAUUCCGCUUCUUGGUGGUAUCUCGCUGUUCCCACCGCUAUGUUUUGCUCUUUUCUUCUCGGUUGAAAUCCUUGCUUUACUGAGGAGCAACUACGAGUUCUGGUUCGUCUCGGUGCUAAAUGUUAUCAACUGGGUAGGCAUUGCCAACAUCUUUGGCGACUUCCGUGCAGUCGUGUGUCUGAGCUUCUGGCUGAACUCACAAAAUAUCAUUUCUAUCGACGCCAACUACAGAACGUAUCAAACUACUGUGAAAUCCAUUGUGAUGGCAGGACCGUCGAUGCUGGCACUGGUGCUCUGCUGUUCUUACAGACUGAUUGUUGAUUCUACGUAUCCCUCUUUUUCAAUCGGCUCCGUAACGCUGCAAUGGCGACAGAUUGUUAUUUUCUCGGCAUCGACGCUUAUAAUUUUCAUGCUUAAGAAGAGUUACGCCAAAAUUCGCCGAGGAAAUCGGCAUAUCGUUUCCUGCGUGGUGUUGCGAGCUCGAAUGCGUCUGGCACCGGCGAAGAACAAACAGCGACUUCGACUGACUAAAUUUGUGGAUAAGGAGGCAGCUUCGGCUUCCUCAGUUCGGCGGCUACGCCUAGCAUCCCAUGGAUCUUUCAUUGUGGACGCAAGACGAAUAUUGUUGCCACAAGCCUAUCUUGGCUAUUUUCUCGAACCACGUAUGCGUGUUAUACUCUACGUGGUUGCAACUAUAGGGAUCAUAUUAACAGCAACUUCGUGGGGCUUAUUACUGCAACACUCGGAGUUUGUGUUAGCUCCUGCAAUUGGAGCAUUUGUAUCUUCGUUACUAUUCGUGUUAAUAACAGCAACUCUCGCUCAAAAAGACCUGGUACAAUUACUCGUCCGAAAGUUCGACGCGCUGUUUUCAACUCUUCAGGCGACAGCGUUAGCGCUGUGCCUUCUGGACAUGCUGCAAUGGCAACUUUCAUCGAGUUUGACAGUUAUUUCUUGGUGGCUCUGGUUUCUUUGGAUCGUGAUGCUUGAUGCUCUUACUCCAUGCGUCACCCACCAGCUGCAGCUACGCAAGCUCGGUCUUCCAGCUAUUAUACUCGUCCUGCUGGUUGCCGGAACUUGUGCGGUAGAUAUCGUCUUGGGCGACGAUACACUCUUCAAGCCACGACUUCUCAUCAGUCUCAGCUUGCCACAUCUUGGAACUUAUCACGAGUAUACUGGCACUGUCGCGGUGCAACGUGUAGUGACAAUUAUCGGAUGGAACUCGAGACUUGUCUUCGAGUUGGCGUUCAGUGACCCGAAUCAACUCGCUUUCAUUUGCAAAGGGGUCGAGUAUUCCAGUUCGUUUCUCACAUUUUCAGAGCCGCUAGCUCACGAGCAACAGACAAAAACAAGACGCCCCGGGGGAUGGAAACUACUUCGACCCGUUGGUGUUGCCCCUGAAGGCAUGCUGCAAACACUGGGACCGACUUGA